AAGCAACGCAAACGGCAUCGACACAUUUUCUUGCUGGAAGCAACCGUCCUUAAAUAAGAACUCGGAAGCAUCAUUUAAAAGCAGAGUAGCUUCUUGGUUGCUUGCAUUAACCUGAGCUGACAGGCGACAGAGGCAUUAUGACAUGCAGAAAGUUCUGUGUCCGUCGCUGCAGAUUAUUCAGUAUGUGCGGCAGUGUUUUGAUUCUUGUCGUACUGGUACUGAUUGUUUCAAUGUAUGUGGAACUCGGCGACAACACAUCGAUUACUACCAAAGGAACCACAAUGAAUUUGAAGACUACUAUUAUUGAACGAUGUCGGGAUUACAUUAGGACAGUUAGUCAAAUGUCAAGCAACAACUGUGACGCAAUCUGGGAGGCAUUCCAGAAUUCGUUCCUUGGAAAGGACCCCUGCAAUGUCAAGGUGGAAGACUAUGACCUUUUUAUCACAACAGUGCAGCAGGAUAUACCCUGUAAUAAGUCCCUGUUCUGGAGCAAGACGAGUCAGAUAGCUCACGACUUAACUAAAGCUACAAAGUGCCUAAUGACUUUGGAAGACACUCUUCUUGGGUACAUGAUGGAUGGUCUGAAGUGGUGUGGCCAACAACACAGUAAAGAAUUGAAUUAUACUUCCUGUCCAGAGUGGAAUGAGUGUGAAUUUAAUCCAGUCAGGUCAUUUUGGAGAAGAGCUUCAGCACAUUUUGCUGAAUUAGCUUGUGGCAAUGUCGUGGUGAUGUUAAAUGGAUCAAUUGACACUCCUUUCAGUAAACAAAGCAUUUUUGGAAGUGUUGAGAUCAAGAGGUUUGACUCAGAGAAGAUCGAUUACAUCAGCAUAAGGGUGAUUGACAGCCUGCAAGACCGGGUGUCGUGUAACAGCAUUUCAUUAGAAGACAUGGGAAAAAUCUUGAAGAACGCCUCUCUAAAUUUUGAUUGUAAGGACAUUGACAAGUUUCAGUCACAUCCAUCAAAUAAGUGUCUAACUUCAGCUGGGUCGACAGGGAUCUGCCUGCAAGAGGACAGAGGCAACAGUAAGACACUCAUGCAUCACAACAAUCAGCAAUAAUGGCAAACUUUGCCCUCAUUAUUCUGUUAGGAGUUGAAACUGUUUCAAUGUAAUAAAACUAGCAGUAAAAAUCUUUACUACAGACAGGAGCAGUUCAUUUGUCGUUCUGACAGUCGCUUUGGCAUUGCUAGUUUUAUAAUGCCUACAUUGUUUUAUGCCUUUUAGAAACAUACUUUCAAAAAAAGAUUAGUCUACAGCGUAUGACUUUGAAUACUUAGUAACUUUUAGCCCAUCUAGCCCUAAGCAAAAUGUAUUUUUCUUUUUAUUAGUUAAUUAAUUCAGGAAAAGGUAUUUUGUCAUAAUGCUGGCCGAGAGCAAUAGUUUAGAGAUAUGCUUUAAGAUUUGAUAUUCAGAGUAAUAUAACCCUGUUGGGUCUGUCUUCUUCUUUUUGGCUAUACUGAAGACCAUGAGACAGGGAAGUAAGAUUCAAACCCUGAUUUUUAAAAACAAUUUCCAGGUGUUAUCAGAUCUGGUAAAAAAAAAAAAAGAAUUUUAAUCUCUACCCAUUGGCAUCCUGUCUGUACCUAAUUCUGUAGCUGGUAUGGACUGAGGCUAGAAGUAAGCAAGGUGAUGUGCCAAAGGUUACAAAAGUUUUACUGCAAGUAUAAUGGAAGGUGAAUGAACCUGAGCUUGAAGAGGAACCUCAUGGUCUUUUGGGUCUGUUUUUUGCUUUUUGUUUGUGGAUAAUCAGAUUUUCACCUGUUUCCUUCUGCGUUACCAUUUGAUAUACUUGACAGGAACUACAGGGUUUCUCUGGAAAUAGUUAUCACUGUGAAGAAGCCACAACUUUAUUUUAUUUGAUUUUAUUAUUUAUGAUAAUAAAAUAAAUAAAAAUAAAUGCUUUGUAGAUUCUCUUCACAGUUCAUGGUGUUUAAAGUAAUGGACGAAUCAAAGGCCUUAACCCUGAACUACAACCCCUUUUUGAUAGAAUUUUCUACACAGUAACAAAAUCCUAGCAACGCCACUAUGGAAUGUGGAAUGACUGUACACAGUUCUAUAGUUAAUUAACUUAAAUGCAUAAGUUGUUACGUUAAAGAGGUUUUAUAAACCCUAAGCAUCUCUGAGAUUUUUUUGGCAGCCCUACGGCCUCUCCUUGUUCAGGACAUGUUUUAUAACAGCACAUUUUUAUCCUGUUCAGUUCAAUGUUUAUAAAUGAGAACAUAAUCUAUGUGUCUGUACCCACCUCGCUGGAGAGCGCUGCUGUUUAGUAGUUUUGGCAUCAGAAUACACACAUUAACUUGUUUUCAGUACACAUCAAUCAUAUAUUUCUAUAUAAAUGUGUGAAAUAUUGCAAUCAGGUAUUCGAAUGUCUAUUUCACAGCUGGAAACCAGCGAGUGAGGCCUCUGGAUUGUUUUCUUCAAGUGAGAACUUGGGGAAAAAAAAUGAAAAAACAACAACUUAACGUUGGUUUAGAAAAGAAAAAAAUAAAGCAUUGGUUUUACAUAUUGUGGUCUGAAGCUUUAUCAGGGGAAUGGUUAAAAAAUAUGAAGUCCGGUGAGUUACAAAGAGGACGUAGUGAUCUGCUUAAUCUGGGUAAACAAACUAAAGUUACCGAGGUACAUUUUAAUAUUGAGUCUUAAUA